UAGGGUUCUACUCUUACCCUUCAAGAAACUUCUCAGCUCCUGCUCAAUUAACCAAGUUCGAGCUCAAUCUUCAUUCUUCAAUCUCAAUCUCCAUUUCAAGCUCAUACUCUUGCAAUUCAUCGCCACAAAUCUCUCUUCCGAGUUCCGUUUUGAACUUCAUGGUUGGUUUUACCCUUGGUUCAACCGGAAAUGUUGAAUUUCGCCAUUGUGCUGCUUGUUCUUCUUCUGAUGAUGGGUGGAAGCCGCGGAAUGACGCCUCAUUUCGCCUCUGGUCCGCACAUUGCCGAUGUGAAUAUAUUGCUGCCUCCCAAGAUGACUAAUCCAGUGGAGUAUAGGUUGCAAGGGAGUGAUGGAUGCUUCAAAUGGUCUUGGGAUCAUCAUGAUAUUCUUUAUGUUCUACCGGAAUACAAUGUAAGUAGUCACUGCUCAACAAGUGCUCUGUUGAGAUCUGUUGCUCCUUAUAGUGGUCGCAAGGAGACUGCUGUUUAUGCUGCAGAUGUGCAAACUGGAAUUGUGAUUCGCUGCAAAGUUUUUAUCGACAAAAUUUCUAGAAUCCAGAUAUUUCACAAUUCUAUCAAACUUGACUUGGAUGGGCUUGCYACACUUCGAGUCCGUGCCUUUGACAGUGAAGAAAAUGUGUUUUCAUCAUUAGUGGGCUUACAAUUUUUGUGGCAUCUGAUACCUGAAACUCAUGGAUCCCCCCAUCACCUAGCUCAUCUUCCCUUGAAGGAUUCUCCACUUAGUGACUGUGGUGGGUUAUGUGGAGACUUGAAUAUUCAAAUAAAACUGGAAGAUAGUGGCGUAUUUUCUGAUCUGUUUGUUGUAAGAGGAAUUGAAAUUGGCCAUGAAGUAGUUUCUGUCCAUUUGCUUGAACCACAUUUAAAGCACAUGGCCGAUAAGAUUGUUCUGACUGUGGCAGAGGCAAUGUCACUUGAACCUCCCUCGCCUGUUUUUGUCCUCGUAGGUGCCACUGUUCGUUACAGUCUUAAAGUUAUUCGUGCCAACAUUCCGCAAGUGGUAACUUUACCAUCUUCGCACUACCGAUGGUCUACUUCAAACUCUUCCAUAGCUCACGUCGAUUCUAACCUGGGUUUAACCAGCGCACUAAGAUUUGGUGUUACAGCUGUUAUCGUUGAAGAUACAAGGGUUGUUGGGCACAUUCAAAUGUCAUCAUUAAAUGUUGUCAUGCCAGAAUCUUUACAUUGGUACAUUAGUCCUUUGCCCACUGUCGACGAACCUGUUGAAGAAAUAGAAAGAACUAUAUCUCUUGCCAAUUGGUAUAUUGUUUCUGGUCGUCAAUAUCUCAUUCAAAUGAAGGUUUUCUCACGAGGAACUGAUGCACAAGAAAUAUAUAUUACUGAGAGUGAUGAUGCCCAGUUGCAUGAUAACCAAACCAAGUGCUUGAGAACUUACCUUUUAACCAAUGAUCUAGUACCCAAACACAAAUGGCGAACUUCUAGAAUUUUGCAAGCAAUUUCUAAGGGACAAGAUAAGUUGACUGCUUCACUGGCUUACUAUGGUAGUAAUUACGAAACAAAGGAGGUUCUCAAGAUCAUACAAGAAGUUGUCAUAUGUGAACAAGUACGAUUAAGCUUGGACAACAGAAGUGGCAUAUCUAGAAGCAUCCUCAUACCUUGGACCCCUUCUGUCUAUCAGGAGGUGUUACUUGAAGCUUCUGGUGGUUGUGCUAAGACAUCGAGCGACUACAAAUGGUUUUCUACGGACAGGACUGUUGUCACCGUAUCUGCUUCUGGAGUUGUUCAGGCAAAGAAGACUGGUAAAGCAACUGUCAAAGUGCAAUCUAUUUUUGACUCAUCAAAUUAUGAUGAGGUUGUGAUUGAAGUAGCUCUGCCCGCAUCCAUGAUGAUACUUCCUAGUUUCCCUGUAGAGACUGUUGUGGGAUCAUAUCUUCAAGCGGCUGUCACAAUGCAAUCAUCAAAUGGAGUCUAUUUCUAUUGCUGUGAUGCUUUUAAUUCCCAUGUAAAGUGGAAAGUUGAAAGUGAGUCUUUCAAAAUUCAAAAUAAAACAUGGGAGAUGCCUGUGCUGGAUGUGCUAGAAAAUGUUGAUCUACGUGGUUCCUUCUAUGGUCCCCCUUGUUCAUGGACUUCUGUCUAUGCUUCUGGUUCUGGUCAUACUACUCUGCAAGCAACACUAUAUAAAGAAUAUCAGCAUUUUGAUCUCUCUUUUCAUGGGCCUAUUGUACUAAGAGCGUCUUUACAAAUUGCUGCAUAUCCACCACUCCUUGUUGGGCACAUGGAUGAUGGUAGUCAAUUUGGUGGUUUCUGGGUUGAUUUGACUCAACCAGAAGCUGAUAGUUUGGAAAGUCUGGAUAAGUUGCAUCUUGUUCCUGGAACACGUUCUAAUGUCAUGCUUCGUGGUGGUCCUGAGAAUUGGGGUAAAGGUGUUGAGUUUAUCGAAACUGUUGAAAUUUUGGAUGAAGAACCUGAUUUUGGCAAGGGUGGAGUUUUUGUUCAUCAAGUAUCUGAAAAUUAUGGUUCAUAUCAAAUUAUAUGUCAAAGACUAGGAACCUAUAAACUUCGAUUUAAACGUGGUAAUUUGGUUGGAGAUGGCCAUCCAACACCGGCAAUUGCAGAAGUUCUGGUUUCAGUCAUGUGUAGACUCCCUUCAUCAAUUGUUUUAAUUGCUGAUGAACCUGUGAAUAAAAUUGACAUCAUACGAGCUGCAGUUCAAGCUGAUUGGGGCUCAACGAGAUAUCAUGCUGCUUCUGCCACUGUAGCUAAUGGUCGCACGAUACGGAUAGCUGCAGUUGGCAUUAGUGAUUUAGGAGAACCUUUUGCAAACUCAUCUUCCCUUCACUUGAGGUGGGAACUUAGCAGUUGUGGGAGUUUAGCUUAUUGGGAUGAGCUGUAUGGUUCAAAGAGGUCUAAGUAUGGCUGGGAAAGAUUUUUGAGCUUGCAAAAUGAAUCAGGAGAGUGCAUUGUUCGUGCAACUGUCACUGGCUUUAGUGAUGCUGUGAGGGAGGAUUAUUCAGCCCAGUUGCGUGAUAACUUGGAUAACCUUUUGACAGAUGCAAUACGUUUACAGCUUGUUUCUACACUAAGAGUCCGCCCAGAGUACAAUCUACUGUUUUUCAAUCCGGAUCUCAAGGUCAACGUGUCAAUUAUUGGAGGGAGUUGUUUCUUGGAUGCUGCUGUAAAUGAUUCUCGUAUUGUUGAAGUUAUUCAACCUGCUCCGGGCAUACAAUGCCGAGAGUUAGUGUUGUCACCGAAAGGAAUGGGGACGGCACUUGUGACGGUAUAUGACAUUGGGCUUAGUCCUCCACUGUCAUCUUCAGCCGUGGUUCAUGUUGCCGAUGUAGACUGGAUCAAGAUUAGCUCUGAAGAAGAAAUAAGCCUUCUGGAAGAAGGCUGGGAAGUUGUUGAGUUGGCUGCUGGGAUUAGUGAUGGAAGUACUUUUGACUCCUCCCAGUUUGUGUACAUGCAUAUUCUAGUACAUAUAGAGGAUCGAAUAGUUGAGCUUGUAGACAACGAUGAUUCAAUGAUUACUGAUCAUGGGAUGGUUAAAGCUCCAAGUUUCAAAAUUAAAGCUGUCUCACUUGGAACAACAACUCUUUAUGUGAGUAUUCUACAACAAUCUGGACGUGAAAUAUUAAGUGAACCAAUAAAAAUUGAAGUCUAUGCACCACCAAGAGUUCACCCCAAUGAUAUUUUUCUUCUUCCCGGUGCUUCUUAUAUGCUCACAGUUAAAGGUGGUCCAACAGUUGGGACGUAUGUUGAGUAUGCUAGUUUGGAUAAUUCGAUUGUGAAUGUUCACAAGUCUUCUGGUCAACUUUCAGCAGUUUCAUCUGGAAAAUGUAACAUCAGUGCCACUUUUUAUCGCAAUGGAGGUUCUGUAAUAUGUCAAGUACAUGGAAAUGUAAAAGUAGGAAUUCCGUCCAAUGUGGUGUUGAAUGUACAAAAUGAACAACUAGGUGUUGGGAGCGAGAUGCCUAUUUACCCCUUGUUUCCAGAGGGUGAUGUGUUUUCCUUUUAUCAAUUAUGCAAAGGCUAUAAUUGGACUAUUGAUGAUGAAAAGGUGUUGAGAUAUAGUUUGCCAGAGCGCUUUAAUGGUAGAGGGUACAGGCCUGCUUCAACUGCUUUGGAGGAUGUUCAAUUCGUGAGUUAUAUAAACGAGAGGGAUCUUGGCUUUAUCAAUAUGGUAUAUGGAAGAUCUGCGGGCAUAGCAAAUAUUGCAGUUUCUUUCCUUUGUGAAUUAACUUUGGGUUCCAAUAUCGAAACAAAGUUUUUCAAUGCUUCAGCAUCUUUAUCAGUUAUACCUAAUCUACCCCUUGCUCUCGGAGUUCCAAUCACCUGGAUUCUUCCUCCCUACUACACGACAACCAAAGCUUUACCAUCAUCCAUGGACUCAUAUGGCCACUGGGACAGUCAGAGUCGAAAAAGAACAAUAACAUAUUCCCUUUUAAGAUGUUGUGGUGAAAAGGAUGAAGAUGCGUGGAAGGAUGCCAUCUCUAUUCAUGGGGAUAGAAUAAAAACUUCAGAGAGUAACAAUAUUGCAUGCAUUCAGGCAAAGGAUCGCUCUUCCGGAAGAAUGGAGAUUGCUGCUUGUGUCAGGGUGGCAGAGGUUGCCCAAAUUAGACUGAGAAAGCAGGAAUUUCCUUUCCAUGUGAUCAAUCUUUCUGUUGGCACCGUACUUAGCCUUCCAAUAAGCUACUAUGAUUCUCUAGGCAAUCUCUUUCAUGAGGCUCAUGAUGUUGUUCACUUUGAUGUGGAAACUAACUAUCCACAUAUUGUUUCCAUAAAUUACUCAAGAGAAGGCAAUGGAUAUAUUUAUUUGAAGGCAGAGCAACAUGGUACAGCUCUUGUCCAAGUAUCGAUUGACAAGAAUCCAGAAAAGUCGGACUAUAUAUUGAUUUCAGUUGGUGCGCUAAUAUAUCCUCACGACCCAGUAAUCCAUGUCGGUAGUCAUCUCAACUUCAGUAUUAAAGGUUUCAAUGAUCAAAUUUCUGGCCGGUGGACUACAACCAAUGAAAGUGUUUUAUCUGUGGACAUGCUAGCUGGAAUAGCUGAAGCAGUUGGUCCAGGUUCAACAGAAGUACUAUUUGAAGGUUCAAAUUUGACCUUGCGGACAACUGUGACAGUACAGACUGGGUACACUUUGUCCGUGGUUGCUCCAGUUGAAAUUCUGACAAAUGUUCCUUUCCCAGGAAAAGGAUAUAACUUCUCUGUGAAUUUCAGCAGCAAAUCUGGAACUCUUCUAAAUGAUAAGAGAGUCCUGCACGACUGUAGAGUAGACCCUCUCUUUGUUGGGUAUGCAAAGCCAUGGUUGGAUCUUGACUAUAACAAUUCAUAUUGUCUCUUUUUCCCUUACUCACCGGAGCACUUGGCUCGUUUAGCGCCCAAGUCAAAGGCCAUGAGACCAGAUAUAACUGUUUCUAUCUAUGCUUCAUCUCGAGAAGCUAGACAAAUUUCUGGAUCUGCUUCUGCACUUUUUAUAGGGGGCUUUUCAGUCAUGGAGAUGGGCAAGAGUGCAACGCAGUUGAAUCUGACUCCAGACUCAAACAAGACUGUUAUAACCAUCUUGGGAAAUACAGACGUCGAUCUUCACUGGCAUGAACAGGAUUUGGUCGUUGCUGGUCCCAUUUCUAAAGAAGAAUCUGGCAUUGGUGGGCGGACAGAGUAUGAAGUAAAAGCAAUGGGAACGAAGAGAUUCAAAGAUAAAAUUCUUAUCACAUUAGCCGCUAACGGCCAGAGAACAGAAAUUGAUGUCUGCUAUGAACCCGGAGAAGGAGACGCAUCAGGACCCACCUCCAACGUUACCAUUUGGGCUAUAGUACUUGGCGCUCUGUCCUUGCUGAUGUUAACUAUUACUUUGUUCAUGUGUUUCAUGGACAACCCUAACAGAACUCAGUCCUUUCAGCCUGCCAUUACUCGUACUCCAACUGUUACAGCACCCGUCACGCCUGAUCGCAGCAGCCCCGGUAUCUCAAACGAACAAUCUCCUCGAAUGCCACAACCAUUUGUAGACUACGUGAGGCAAACAAUUGAUGAGACUCCAUAUUACAAGCGUGAGGGAAGGCGAAGAUUCAAUGUGAAAAUAUUUGUUGGAGGGUUACCGCGGGAGACUACUUCUGCGCAAUUUGUUAAACAUUUUGGUGAAUAUGGAGCAAUUACGGACUCUGUUAUAAUGAAGGACCGGAAGACUGGACAUCCCCGCGGUUUCGGGUUUGUGACUUAUGCUGAUCACUCUGUGGUAGAUAAAGUCAUUGAGGAGACACAUGUUAUUAAUGGGAAACAAGUGGAAAUCAAACGAACAAUACCCAAAGGGUCUUCCAGCUCUAGAGACUUCAAGACCAAGAAGAUUUUUGUUGGUGGAAUUCCUACAUCUGUAGAUGAGGAUGAGUUCAGGGAUUUCUUUUCGCAAUAUGGUGAGGUUAAGGAACACCAGAUUAUGCGCGACCACUCCACUAGUCGGUCUCGUGGGUUUGGUUUUAUUACAUUUGAGACAGAGCAAGCAGUUGACGAUCUCUUGGCAAAUGGUAACAGACUUGACAUGGCAGGCAGUCAGGUGGAGAUCAAGAAGGCAGAGCCAAAAAAGGCAAAUCCACCUCCAGCCCCUUCAAAGAGAUACCAUGAUUCAAGGCCAAGUUACAGUGGUAGCUUUGGGGGUGAUGCAUAUGCGGAGUUUGGAGGUGGCGGGUAUGGUGGUGCUUUUAGGGCAGGUGGUCCAUAUGGUGCUAGAGCUGGCUAUGGUGGAUAUGGUGGAAACGAUUUUAGUGGUUAUGGGAUGUAUGGUACUGGUGGCAUUGGAGCUUACAGGGAAGAUCCCUCUAUGGGGUAUUCUGCACGUUAUGGAGCAGGCUUCAGCAGAGGUUAUGAUUUUAGAGGUGGUUAUGGUGGUCCCGAUGAGAGCUAUGGUGCUUAUAACAGUGGUGGUGCUCCUAAUACCGGUGGGUAUGCAGGCAGCUAUGAUAUGGGCAUUGGCACUGGAUACCCUUCUGGUGGUAGAGGCUCCUUCUAUGGAAGUAGAGGAGGAGGAGGAUAUGAUGGUGCAGGGAGUGCUCCAAGUGGUCGAUAUCAUCCUUAUGGACGAUAGUAAGUAGCUGUGGGGAGCUCUUGUGUUAAUUGAUAUGCUACAAGGACGCCAAAUGCUCAUCAGUUCCCAGUUUUCAAUAGAAUUAUAGAAAUGUGUGUGCCUCGUCACAAGAUUCCUGCCAUGUUCACCAGGAUCACAAUUUUCAGAGAUCUAGAAUUUGACUGUACAAUCGAUUGACUAACUUGCUGGAGAUUGUGCUAAGAUUAUGUAUUACUUUAUAUAUGCCAUUAAUUUCUCCAUUUUGCUAUCAACAUUUAUGUUGUUUUGUUGA